UGUGUGUGUGUGUGUGUGUGUGUGUGUGUCUCCCCGGCUGUGUGCGCUCUAAUAAUAGAGGAGGCCGUCUGCUCCUUUAAGAGCCCGCUUGCUGCAUACUCUACCACAUAUAUCGUAUAUAGGAAAAUGGUUAUCAAAGUAUUCCUCGCGUCUUCGUCUGGAUCCACGGCGAUCAAAAAGAAGCAACAAGAUGUUGUCGCCUUCUUGGAGGCUCUUAAAGUGGACUACACUCCACUGGACAUCGCCUGCAAUGAGGAGAACCGAAUGUGGAUGAGGAAAAAUGUCCCAGAAGAUAAGAAGCCGUCCACCGGCAUCCCUCUGCCCCCACAGAUCUUUAACGAGGAGAGCUACUGUGGGGACUAUGAUACGUUCUUCGAUGCCAAGGAGGACAACACAGUCUACGCCUUCCUCGGGCUCCCUCCUCCUCCUGGAUCAAAGGAAGCAGAACAAGCCGAUAGGACUCGCAUUGUGGAGAACGGGACCCAGGAGGACAAUGAGGCAGAGCGAAACCUCGGCGACGCUACAGAGGUUCCGGUGAAGGAGCGUAACGGGGACGCACACGAAGAGGAGGAGCGGGCGGCCGACGGGGAAGGAGAUGCCGGCGAUGAAGCGGCGGCAGGAGAUGAGGAAGAGGAGGAGGAGGAGGAAGCAGACGAGCAGGCUCACGUGGAGGAUGAGGAAGAACAGGAGGAAGAGGAUUUGCAUUCAGAGGAGGAGGACGAGCUGCAACAGCUUGAGGAUGAAGAAGAAGCUGAAGUACAAGAGGAAGAAGAAGAAGACUUGGAAGAAACACAGGAGGAAGAGGAGGCUGAGUAGUUGAAGCCCACUGCCCGACGCCGACUUACGACCGUCCAGCCCGAAGGAGCCCCCACCCCGCUUCCCAUCUCCCUGACCCAUGAUGUUUGACACCCUCGGCCCCUCAGACAGCCCCCGUACCCGUCCCCGAGGCCACACUGGACCCCACUGGAAACCAUCGCCCGUGUGCUGGAAGGCGCCAUCCACACAGAACCGCCCCCUCCCACAUCUGCCUCCCACCGCCCUCUUAACUGCAACGUGGACUUAACUUUUGUAAUAUUUGUGCUGAGACAUAUUGAAAUGAAAAUGUGCAGUGUAGCUUGACAAUAUGUUUUGAAUCCGAAGCUUUUGUAAAAUACAGUUAUUUUGUUAAACACAUUUAUCAUCUAUUGCUUUUAGAAAUUCAACAUUUCUAACACAAAGAGGCAGUGACCUUUUCAAACGCAUUACUAAGGCAUAGCUCAGCUUGAAGCUUCUGGCUUUCAAAGUAAGUGGUUCAUAACUGACUCUCUAAGAAGUGUUUUCUUCUUUUAUUAAAUGUUUGUUAAUGACUCAAGUCAACAUACCGGAAUACAUGCAAACAAAAAUUUCCACUGGCCACAUGAGAAGGAGAUAAACACUGCAAACUACACCAGCACUACGACAAUUAGUCAAUAGUGUCUAAUCAAUGCACUUUGUUGAAUGAACAGUGAGAAAUGUGACAGAGAUUUUGAUGCAAUGGAAAAUGCAAUAAAGUAGACUCAAAAAAAUCUCUUAGUGACUGUGGGGUUGGGUUUCAUUUUCCGUUCUUUUGUCGGAAUAUUUACAGAUCAAUGCAUCAUUGUAUUGUGUGAGCUGCACAAAGGCAAACAGGAAAUCAAAUGUCGUGUCCCAUGAGAUUCUGUGUAACAUUUACCAUUAGAAAGCAGGAAAAAUCUGACCUUAAUUUGACUUUUAAAGUAAUUUGACCUCAGUGUGUGUAUCUGUAUCUGUAGGUGUCAUGUUGACACUGUUGGUACAAGUAUAUAUUAAACUGUCAUUUAUGCACCA